ACGUGCCAGCUCGCCAUGGCGUCGGCGCCCAAGAGGCCUAAGGCGGCUGCCGGUAGCAGCGCCCGGGGGAACGGCGCCGCCGAUCCCGUGUCCCGUUUCCUGGCGUGGUGCGGCCGGGCCGGGGUGCAGCUCAGCCCCAAGGUCCGGCUGAGCAGGGAGGGCGUGGUGGCGGGGUACGGCAUGGUGGCUGCUGCGGAGCUGCAGCCGGGAGAGGUCCUGUGCACUGUGCCACGCUCCGCGCUGCUGUCCCAGCACACCAGCUCCAUCCAGGCGCUCUUGCGGGAAGGCCAGGAGUCCCUACAAAGCCAGUCCGGUUGGGUGCCGCUGCUGCUCGCCCUCCUACACGAGUACACAGCCAGCAACUCCCACUGGCGGCCUUAUUUCUCCCUCUGGCAGGACUUCAGGAGCCUGGAUCACCCCAUGUUCUGGCCUGAAGAAGAGCGAAGAAGGCUCCUGCAGGGCACAGGCAUCCCAGAAGCUGUGGAGAAGGACCUGGCCAACAUCCACCUCGAGUACAGCUCCAUCAUCAUGCCUUUCAUGAAGUCCCACCCCAACGUAUUUGACCCCAGGCGGCACACGCUGGAGCUGUACAAGCAGCUGGUAGCGUUUGUCAUGGCCUACAGCUUUCAGGAACCUUUGGAAGAGGAAGAUGAAGAUGAGAAGGGACCCAAUCCCCCAAUGAUGGUACCUGUAGCAGAUAUUCUGAAUCACGUGGCCAACCACAACGCCAACCUGGAAUACUCCCCUCAAUGUUUACGGAUGGUUACAACACAGCCCAUCAGCAAAGGGCAAGAGAUCUUCAACACAUAUGGGCAGAUGGCCAACUGGCAGCUCCUCCACAUGUAUGGCUUCGCAGAGCCGUACCCCAGCAACACCAACGACACAGCUGACAUCCAGAUGGUGACGGUGCGCACAGCAGCACUGCGGCGUGCCAGAAGCGAAGCGCAGCAGCGGCUGGUCUUAGAGCAGUGGAACUUCUUGUGCCAGCUGGAGAUGGUGGGGGAGGAAGGUGCCUUUGUGCUUGGCUGGGAUGAGGUGCUGACAGAGGAGGAGCUGUCUGUGACCCUGAAGGUGCUGUGCAUGUCAGAAGAAGAAUUCAAGGAGUACAAGGAACAAGACGGCUGGGAAGAUGACAGUGAGGAAGAGGAAAACUUAACCCUUUCAAACGAGGCUCUCUCCAGACUUAAACCCCCUUGCAAGCAGCUCCUGUAUGACAGUGUGCUGCUCACUCUUGAGUCCUACAGGUCGGACUUGAAAGCAGAGCAGGACUUGCUACAUAACAAGGAGACUUAUGAGAAACUGAGUCAAAGGGAGCAGCAAGCUCUGCACGUGCGCUAUGGACAGAAAAGGAUCUUGCAUCAGCUGCUGGAGCUGGUACACUAGAAACCUCACUGUCCCUGGAAAUGAAUUGCCUGGAGCUGUGUAUAGGAAGAGAAGGUUGGCCUUCAGCCAUCUCUUCUACAACAGCAAGAACAGAUAACAGGAUUGAAUACAGGCCCACUUAUACUGCAUUUUGCAUGUGGCUUUUUAGCUACUUCUACCUAAACCAUCUUCCACAACAGAGAGUGAUUUUGGGUGGCCUUACCUUAUCAUGAGAGCUCUGAAGCCCAAUUACCACCUUCCAGAGGACUUCAGAAAGCUCAGACCUCCUACUGGCUGACCUUAAGAAGGCUAAACUAUCAACAGCUGGUGGGUUCCCUCAUGUAGCAUCACAAAUUUAAGGCAAGAACUGCUUCUUGGCCAGAUGGAGAGGGCAGAAAUCCAUCUGAUAGGCCUUACUGUUCAGAGUAAACAUUUGGCAGGUGGAGAUGCUGACAACACUGUGAACUCUUCACCUAUACCUGGCUAAUACUAAGCAUUUUAAAAAGUACACACCCAUCCAUCUGGUUUUCACAUAGGCUCAAUACAGGAGGUAUCCCCUUUUACCUUUCUGAAAGGCAUUUCUCUAUGGGCUUGGGACAGCUCUGAAGCAACACUGACACAGUUGUGCACACCCUCCAGUUGACAGAGUUCUCCCCUGAACUCAGGCACUGCUCUGCAUUGUGUUAAGCUAUAUUAAUAUCCUUUCCUCAGCAAUUUUUGCAUGACAGAUCACUGGAGGUUUGCAGGCCAAGCUAUAUUUAAUAAAGAUGCUGUUUCUUAACCA